CCCACUAUAUACACUUUGAGUUUGAGAGAGAACUGGGAGAGACAGAAGAAGAAAAGUCUAGAACUCGGAGAGAGAGAGAAAGAGAGAGAUGGGGAGGACAAGAUGCUUUCUCGACAUUAGCAUCGGAGGAGAGCUCGAAGGGAGAAUAGUGGUCGAGCUUUUCGACGAUGUGGUACCCAAAACCGCUGAGAAUUUCAGAGCUCUCUGUACUGGUGAGAAGGGCAUUGGCCCCAACACUGGUGUUCCGCUCCAUUACAAGGGAGUUCGUUUUCAUCGUGUCAUUAAAGGGUUUAUGAUACAAGGGGGUGAUAUCUCCGCUGGAGAUGGUACUGGUGGAGAAUCUAUCUACGGAAUGAAAUUCGAAGAUGAAAAUCUUGAAUUGAAACAUGAAAGGAAAGGCAUGUUAUCCAUGGCUAAUUCUGGUCCGAACACCAAUGGGUCUCAGUUUUUCAUCACGACAACUCGCACAGCUCAUUUGGAUGGGAAACACGUUGUAUUUGGGAAGGUAAUUAAAGGAAUGGGAGUUGUCCGCUCAAUUGAGCACAUAACCACAGCUGAUGGUGAUUGCCCCAGUAUGGAUGUUAUAGUUGCCGAUUGUGGAGAAAUCCCCGAGGGAGAAGAUGAUGGAAUAUCUAAUCUUUUCAAGGAUGGUGAUGUUUAUCCUGAUUGGCCUGCUGACCUUGAUGAGACUCCUGAAGAUCUUUCUUGGUGGAUGACUUCUGUAGAUUCAAUUAAGGGUUUCGGAAACGAAUAUUACAAGAAACAAGACUAUAAGACGGCUCUUAAAAAAUAUCGCAAGUCCUUACGCUAUCUGGAUAUAUGCUGGGAGAAAGAUGGAAUUGAUGAAGAGAAGAGUUCAAGUUUGAGAAAGACCAAGUCACAGAUUUUCACAAACAGCUCUGCUUGUAAGUUGAAGUUGGGGGAUCUGAAAGGAGCACUGUUAGACACUGACUUUGCAAUGCGGGAUGGAGAAGAUAAUGUUAAAGCUUUGUUUCGACAAGGUCAGGCAUACAUGGCGCUUAACGAUGUUGAUGCUGCAGUUGAAAGCUUCAAAAAGGCAUUGGAUUUGGAGCCAAAUGAUGCUGGAAUUAAAAAGGAGUAUGCUGUUGCAAAGAAGAAGAUUGCUGAUAGACGUGAUAAAGAGAAGAAGGCCUACAGCAAGAUGUUCCAAAAGUAGCACUCUGGCUGUCAACUGGCUGCUUAUUCCUUGAACUUACAAAUGCUUCAUACCCGAAUCAUAGCCAUUAUCAAGGAAUGCAGACUUUUAUUGUCACAAGUGCUGUUUUUUCGGGAGGGAAAACCAGUUUUGCAGGUUCCAAAUCAUCAAGAAAAUGCAACUGUAAAGAAGAUAAAGAUCAUCUAAUUGAACUUCUUCCUUUUUUGUUUUUUGCUUUCCUCUUUUUGGUUCAAGGAAGGCAGCUGAAAUUUGAAACUUGCAAAAUCCAAUGAGUUGUAAUCUGAUCAAACUUUAAACCAAACAAUUUUGUCAUGUUACAUGCUUGAAGCAUUUGUUGGUAUGGGGGUGGAGAUAAAGAACCUUUUACUUGGACUA